AAUAAAACAAAGGCGGCAGUCGCGUUUCGCAAAUGACUGAGUUCACUUCGGGAGGUUAAUGUAUGAAUUAAACAUCGAGCCACAUUUACUGUAGCCUACAUUAGACAACAAUGUGUUCAGUUGAGUCUUUGAGAGAGUUUGUCAACGAGCGACUAACUGCUGCUGCUGAAGAAAUAUUGGGAGCUUUUAAAAGAAGCAUCGUCGAGUACGAGGAAGAGAUCGAUCGUCAGCGCAGACUGUUGGAUAUGGUUUUGAAGCCUGAAAUCAAGUUACACAGGACAGAGCUCCCACAGCAACAUGUGUGUAAGGAGGAGGAGGUUGUCCCUGAGCAGCAGCUGUGUAUUGAGGAGAGGAAGUCCAGUGUGGAGCAAGAGGAGCCAGAGCCUCCACAGAUUAAAGAGGAAGAGGAGGAAGUGUGCAGCAGUCAGGAGGGAGAGCAGCUUGUAGUGAAGCAGGAGACUGAUGGCUUCAUGUUGACUCCUGCUGAUGAGGAAAGUGAGCAGAGUGAAGAUCAGACUCUGGACUUCAUUCAUGAUGACACUCAAAGUGCAGCAGAGGAAGAGUCUGUCGUCAUUAUACCAGUUAUAAGCUCUGUGAUAUCAGAAGCAACCAGUGAGCAGCAGCUGCUCUGUCACAACUCUCAUGUAGCUGAGAGGCAAGAUGAGGAAGAAUACCAGCGUGGAGACUCAGGAUCAACUAGAAACACAGAGCUUCAAGCAGAGAAAAGACAUCAUGAAAGUGAAAUGAACAGUAACAGUCCACACACCUCUGCUGUGAUAAACUUAAAUACAGGUGAAAAGCCUUUAAAAUGUGACGUAUGUGGGAAAGGUUUUGAGCGCAAGUCAAAAUUGCAGAGACACCUGAACAGCCACACAGGUGAGAAGCCGUACCUUUGCAAGACCUGCGGGAAAAGAUACAGUGACGCAUCAGUAUUGAAAAGGCAUUGUAGAAUCCACACAGGUGAGAAGCCGUUUUCUUGCAAAACAUGUGAGAAAAGAUUCAGUGACACAUCAGCAUUGAGUGCUCAUGUAAGAACCCACACAGGUGAGAAGCCAUAUCUUUGCAAGACUUGUGGGAAAAAAUUCAGUAAGAAGUCAAGACUGGAAAGGCAUUGUAGAACCCACACAGGUGAGAAGCCGUAUACUUGUAAAGUAUGUGGAAGAGCUUUCGGACGUAAUUGUCACUUGUUAGCCCACAUGAGGACUCAUUCAGGGGAGAAACCGUAUACUUGUAAAGUAUGUGAGAGAGCUUUCGGACGUAAUGGUUACUUGUUAGUUCACAUGAGGACUCAUUCAGGGGAGAGGCCGUACCUUUGCAAGACCUGCGGGAAAAGAUUCAGUGACGCAUCAGUACUGAGAAGGCAUUGUAGAAUGCACACAGGUGAGAAGCCGUAUACUUGUAAUGUAUGUGGGAGAGCUUUCAGAUGUAAUGCUUACUUGUUAGUCCACAUGAGAAUCCACACAGGUGAGAGGCCGUACCUUUGCAAGACCUGCGGGAAAAGAUUCAGUGACGCAUCAGUGUUGAAAAGGCACAUGACAAUCCACACAGGUGAGAAGCCGUAUACUUGUAAAGUAUGUGGGAGAGCUUUCGGACGUAAUGGUGACGUAAAAAUCCACAUGAGAACGCACACAGGUGAGAAACCCUACCUUUGCAAGACCUGCGGGAAAAAAUUCAGUAAGAAGUCAGGACUGGAAAGGCAUUGUAGAACGCACACAGGUGUAAAGGUGCAUCACUUGAGCACAGAGGUUCCAGUUGAAGUCACACAUAUACAGGAGAGAGACUGUUUACAUGCAAAACAUGUGGCAGAGCUUUCAGAGGCCUGUUCCAUAAAGCAUGCUGAGAAAAGUGGGCAGAAGGUCCGAAAAGGUGGUGAAGAUGCUGAAAUGAGCAAAGAAAGAGGGGGGCCUCCACAGGUUGUAUAUGCUACAGAGGAGACAGUGGUGGUGAGCAAGACAACAAUGUGUUCAGUUGAGUCUUUGAGAGAGUUUGUCAACGAGCGACUAACUGCUGCUGCUGAAGAAAUAUUGGGAGCUUUUAAAAGAAGCAUCGUCGAGUACGAGGAAGAGAUCGAUCGUCAGCGCAGACUGUUGGAUAUGGUUUUGAAGCCUGAAAUCAAGUUACACAGGACAGAGCUCCCACAGCAACAUGUGUGUAAGGAGGAGGAGGUUGUCCCUGAGCAGCAGCUGUGUAUUGAGGAGAGGAAGUCCAGUGUGGAGCAAGAGGAGCCAGAGCCUCCACAGAUUAAAGAGGAAGAGGAGGAAGUGUGCAGCAGUCAGGAGGGAGAGCAGCUUGUAGUGAAGCAGGAGACUGAUGGCUUCAUGUUGACUCCUGCUGAUGAGGAAAGUGAGCAGAGUGAAGAUCAGACUCUGGACUUCAUUCAUGAUGACACUCAAAGUGCAGCAGAGAAAGAGUCUGUUGUCAUUAUACCAGUUAUAAGCUCUGUGAUAUCAGAAGCAACCAGUGAGCAGCAGCUGCUCUGUCACAACUCUCAUGUAGCUGAGAGGCAAGAUGAGGAAGAAUACCAGCAUGGAGACUCAGGAUCAACUAGAAAAACAGAGCUUCAAGCAGAGAAAAGACAUCAUGAAAGUGAAAUGAACAGUAACAGUCCACACACCUCUGCUGUGAUAAACUUAAAUACAGGUGAAAAGCCUUUAAAAUGUGACGUAUGUGGGAAAGUUUUUGAGCGCAAGUCAAAAUUGCAGAGACACCUGAACAGCCACACAGGUGAGAAGCCGUACCUUUGCAAGACCUGCGGGAAAAGAUUCAGUGAGAAGUCAAGACUGGAAAGGCAUUGUAGAACCCACACAGGUGAGAAGCCGUAUACUUGUAAAGUAUGUGGGAGAGGAUUCGGACGUAAUUGUCACCUGUUAGUCCACGUGAGGACUCAUUCAGGUGAGAAGCCGUAUACUUGUAAAGUAUGUGGGAGAGCUUUCAGACGUAAUAGUAACUUGUUAGCCCACAUGAGGACUCAUUCAGGUGAGAAGCCGCAUACUUGUAAAGUAUGUGGGAGAGCUUUCGGACGUAAUGGUUACUUGUUAGCCCACAUGAGAAUCCACACAGGUGAGAAGCCCUACCUUUGCAAGACCUGCGGGAAAAGAUUCAGUGACGCAUCAGUAUUGAAAAGGCAUUGUAGAAUCCACACAGGUGAGAAGCCGUAUGCUUGUAAAGUAUGUGGGAGAGGUUUCAGAUGUAAUGGUGACUUGUUAGUCCACAUGAGGACUCAUUCAGGGGAGAAGCCGUAUACUUGUAAAGUAUGUGGGAGACACUUCAGAUCUAGCAGUAACUUGACAGGCCACAUGAGAACGCACACAGGUGUAAAGGUGCAUCACUUGAGCACAGAGGUUCCAGCUGAAGUCACACAUAUACAGGAGAGAGACUGUUUACAUGCAAAACAUGUGGCAGAGCUUUCAGAGGCCUGUUCCAUAAAGCAUGCUAAGAAAAGUGGGCAGUGAAGUCCAAAUCCUGAAUUUUAAUUGAAAUUGCAGGUCUGGAAAAGUUCAACUAGUGAGAUAAAGAACAAAAGGAGGAGACUGCUUUAAAGUCUGAAUGAAUUUUAUACUUGCAAGAGUCCUGGAAAACCUGGAAAAGUCAUGGAAUUAGUCAAAAUCAUUAUAAGUCACAGAACUUGUUUGUGUAUAAUGAAAUUAUUAGAAUCAUCUUCAGUGGAUAACCCUCCAUAUAAUGGAACAUAAUGGCAAAUUCAUUUUCUGAAGCUGGCGUCUUAAUGUAGCUUUAAUAUGCGUGGAUGUGUGACAAUGUUUGUUUACCAUCAGGUGUGUUUUGUCAUUUUCUCCCUCAGUUUGUCUCUCCCUUCCUGUGUGCCAAUUAUGUUUACAUAGAGUUUGAAUCUGAUGUUUGAAAAACGCCGGGCAAGUGGGGAAAGAAAAAGAAAAUUCUUCAUUAUGAGUCCUUGAAAAGUCAUGAAAAAGUUUGGAAAUAUU